UUUUGCAACUGGCAGCAGCUUUUUUUUUUUUUUUUUCCCCUGUCACCGUCUCGCCUUCUUCUUUUAGGUGGCUCCACCCCGCCCAGGAUCAGGCGAGGGCGAGCGAGCCCGGCGGCGGCUGCCGACUCGCGCGCAGCGCAGUCUGCGAGCUUCGGGAUCCGAGUCCCGCGUCCCGCCUCCUGCCCGCGGGCGCGCCCUCCGGGUCCCCCCUGGCCCCGCGUCCAGCCCCCGCCCCACCCUUCUCCACUUUUCCACCCUUUGCAAUCACAUGGCAUUUUAAGAAUGCCGGAAAGAUGGCGGUAGCGGCGGCGGCAGCGGCUGCGGGGCCGGCGGGCGCGGGAGGCGGCCGUGCGCAGCGGAGCGGGCUGCUGGAAGUUUUGGUGCGGGAUCGCUGGCACAAAGUUCUGGUGAACUUGAGCGAGGACGCCCUGGUUCUGAGCUGCGAGGAGAGCGCGGCGGCAUACAACGGCCUGGGGACCGCCACCAAUGGCUCGUUCUGCAGGGGCGCUGAGUCCCCGGGCGCCGGCGGCGCGCAGCCCCCGGACUCGCCCGCGAGGGUCCGCACUGCCUUCACUGACCUGCCUGAGCAGGUGCCCGAGGCCAUCUCCAACCAGAAGCGCGGCGUAAAGGUGCUGAAGCAGGAGCUGGGCGGGUUGGGCAUCAGCAUCAAGGGGGGCAAGGAGAACAAGAUGCCCAUCCUCAUCAGCAAGAUCUUCAAGGGGCUGGCGGCGGACCAGACCCAAGCCCUGUACGUGGGCGACGCCAUCCUGUCGGUGAACGGAGCUGACCUGCGGGACGCCACACACGACGAGGCGGUGCAGGCGCUGAAGCGCGCGGGCAAGGAGGUGUUGCUCGAAGUGAAGUACAUGCGAGAAGCCACGCCCUACGUGAAGAAAGGCACCCCAGUGUCGGAGAUUGGGUGGGAAACUCCUCCGCCGGAAUCCCCUCGGCUAGGGAGCGGCUCCUCAGACCCUCUGUCACCGCAGUCCUUCUCCUUCCACAGAGACCGCAAAAGCAUCCCCCUCAAGAUGUGCUACGUCACUCGGAGCAUGGCCUUGGCCGAUCCUGAGAACAGGCAGCUUGAAAUCCACUCUCCAGAUGCUAAGCAUACGGUGAUCUUAAGAAGCAAGGACUCAGCCACCGCCCAGGCCUGGUUCAGUGCCAUCCAUUCCAAUGUCAGUGACCUGAUGACCCAAGCAAUUGCUGAAGUCAGACAGCAGCUGGGGAAAACAGGCCUUGCUGGGGGCCGAGAGAUCAGGCAUCUUGGCUGGCUUGCAGAGAAGGUGCCGGGGGAGAAUGAGAAGCAGUGGAAGCCAGUUAUGGUUGUGCUGACGGAGAAGGACCUUUUAAUUUAUGACAGCAUGCCCCGGAGGAAGGAGGCCUGGUUCAGCCCAGUUCACACAUACCCCCUUCUUGCCACCAGGCUGGUCCAUUCAGGUCCUGGCAAGGGAUCACCCCAGGCUGGUGUGGAUCUGUCCUUUGCAACCCGAACUGGUACCAGGCAAGGGAUUGAAACACAUCUCUUCAGGGCAGAGAGCAGCAGGGACCUGUCCCAUUGGACAAGGAGCAUAGUCCAGGGCUGCCAUCACUCAGCUGAACUCAUUACUGAAAUCACCACCGCUUGCACCUAUAAGAACCAGGACUGCCGCUUGACCAUACAUUAUGAGAAUGGCUUUUCUAUUACCACUGAGCCACAGGAGGGCACCUUUGCCCAAACCAUCAUACAGUCUCCAUAUGAAAAGCUCAAGAUGUCUUCAGACGAUGGGAUCAGGAUGCUGUAUUUAGAUUUUGGAGGCAAAGAUGGAGAGAUU